CGCCGGUGACAGACCUACUCUGGUCGCCCGGCCCGCGCCCCUGAAGCCACAAUUCUCAUUGGCCGAAGAUACCCCUUCUGAGUUUUCAUUGGCUGCUGCACUUUUCCUCCGCCCCUACCCCGGGCAGCGAGCGGCAGGGGACACUGCUUUAAGUCCCCAAGCUGGAGCAGAGGCUCAGCUCUGCGCAGCUAGGGGCGCGGAGCGCCCAGAGAACCCUACUUUCUCGUGAGCCCCAGCCCGGCAAAUGAGCGAAUGUGGAAGGAGAGCAGGGACAUGGACUGCUAUCUGCGUCGCCUCAAACAGGAGCUGAUGUCCAUGAAGGAGGUGGGAGAUGGCUUACAGGACCAGAUGAACUGCAUGAUGGGAGCACUGCAAGAACUGAAGCUCCUCCAAGUGCAGACAGCGUUGGAACAGCUGGAGCUCUCUGGAGGUGCUUCUUCUGCCUUCAGCUGUCCUGAGAGCUUACAGAAGCAGCCUGAGUGCCCUUGCUGUCAGGGCAGUGGAGGUCCUGCUGGGCCUGUGGCCUGUCCCUCCUCCAGCCAGCCUUCUUUUGACAACAGUUCCAAGUUUCCAUGUCACAGGAGUGUCUGUGGGAAGGAGCUCACUGCCAUCCCCAAGACACGGCUGCCAGAGCACCAAAGCUGUACCCAGCAGGGGAUAGAGUGGGUGGAACCAGAUGACUGGACCUCCACAUUGAUGUCACGGGGCAGAAAUCGGCAGCCUCUGGUGUUGGGGGACAAUGUUUUUGCAGACCUGGUGGGCAACUGGCUAGACUUACCAGAACUGGAAAAGGGCGGGGAGAAGGGUGAGACUGCGGGACCCAGUGAAUCCAAAGGAGAAAAAGGCCAGUCCAGGGAGCUGGGUCGCAAGUUUGCCCUAACAGCCAACAUUUUUAGGAAGUUCUUGCGUAGCGUGCGGCCUGACCGAGACAGGCUGCUCAAGGAGAAGCCGGGCUGGAUGACUCCCAUGGUCUCGGAGUCACGAGCAGGACGCUCACAGAAAGCCAAGAAGAGGAGCCUCUCCAAGGGCUCUGGACGGUUUCCUUUUUCAAGCAUGGGAGAGCCCAGGCACACUGAAACACCCGCUACAAGUAGCCCCAAGGCCUUAGAGCCCUCCCGUGGGGGCUUUGACGUUAACACAGCUGUUUGGGUCUGAAUUGAGAGAUACUCUCUAAACCUAAAAGUCGGUCUCAGGCUGGGCCCUGGGGGAGAGGGAGGGCAGAUGGCUCUGUCUUCAGGCCAGAUGCAAGUUCCCAACCUCAGAAAGAAAAGAAAGCAGAGUUCUUAGUGAGGCCUCACUAGAGCAGUGGGGAGAGGCUGUCACAGGGCAGGCUGUGCUGAGGGAAUGUGUGAGUGUGUGUGUGUGUGUGUGUGUGUGUGUGUGUGUGUGUGUGUGUGUGUGUCUGUGUGUGUGUGUGUCUGUGUGUCU